AACAAAAUUGGGUCAUUUGUAGAGAUGUGGAUAGACGUAGAGUCUGUCAUACAGAGUGAAGUAAAUCAGAAAGAGUAACCAAAUAUUACUUGAGUAUUCUGUGAUUAAACAAAAGAAAUUGCUAUGACUAAAGUUGUGAUUCACAGUGAAAUACUAGCAAAACUUAGAAACAGUUGCCAGGAAAAUAGCUAACUGAAAACACAACUAGCCUUAUUUCUUGAUAUAUAGCAUUUCUGUGCAGAUAUAUCCUUUCCUUUCAGCUUCAUGAUUAAUAUUAGAGAAGACUCAAGGGAUAUAUAAAGAACACACUUAGAGCAUCUACUGAGAAAUCCCAGAAAGGCACUUAAAACAUUUCUAAGCAAAUGGAAGCAAGUUGAUGUUCAAUUUUAAUUCAGAAGUCUCAGAAAUUCCUUUCUCCUGGACUGAACUCUAGAAAUAAUAGAAGAGAUAGUAAAAUGUAUACUGUGACUUCCUUUGAAAACAAAAAGAUAGUUUAGUGUUACAUGAGUUGUGAAAAGUACCUAAAAAUCACAAAACAGAAGGGAAAGAACUGAAGAGUAAAGUGGGCAUCUGAGUUGCAUAGGGGAGGGUGUAGCAAGUGCAACCACAGGAAAUGACAGCAACACUGAUGGGUUCUGAGCCUGGAGGUUGUGGAAGCCAGCACAAGGGGGCUCAGAAGGAACCAGUCAGAUGAUUAUUUGCCCUAGGAUCAGUUAGGAGGGGUGAAUCAUGUUCUAUGUCCCUGAUUGCUACUACAAGAAUUACCAAACAUAGCAAAGACCAAUAUGUAAUGGUAACACAUGGUCUUCCUUUAUGUGUAAAGUAUAAUUGGGGAUAUUGGGGUAGAAAAAUAACACAGUGUUCUUAAUGUAUGGUGUCACUGGAAAGGAAGAAGAACCACCGAUAUAUAGAAGAUCAGCCAUUAAAGUAUCUCUUGUCAUCAGUCAUCUUCCCUCGUAUUCACUGGAAAGAUUGAGGAGUCCAAGCUCCACUACAGCCAGACAUCUCACCUGUAAACUAUAUUCAAGAAAGAAAUCAAAGGUGGAUACAGAACUAUAUAUAAGGAAUUGUUUCCUUUUAAUAUAGAACAAAGAGUAGAAAUGUUAUGAGAAUUUGGCUAAAGUAGUUUAAAAACAUUUUUAAAAUGUGAUGUAAUGGAAGCCAUCAGACCUAUAGAUUUCUGCCUCAGGUACAGAGGGUAAAGAACAGAGCACGCUCAGGGUACCUUGAGAGGGCACAUGGCAUUGGUGAGGAUUCAGGACUGAGGCUAAUGUGGGGAGAAUGCUGUCUUUAAGCCACCCAGAAACCUUCAGAUGUGUUUGACCACUUUGCCUCUGACUAGCAUGGCUUCUGUGUCCUUGUGCUCAAGAAGCUGCAUUGUGGACUCUUUGGAAGACUUCUUGGGGGUUCCUGGAGCUGCUUUGCCUUCCUAUGUGAAAAUUGGAAGUGCCAGGGACUUCAUGUCCUGCCAGGGCAGCCCUGCAUCAGUGACUUACUGGUGAGAGGUUCUGAAAACUCAGCUGCCUUGCCUUGAGUCUGGAAAGACUUUGAGUUAUAAUUCACAUUCAGGCUGACACUGGAGUUCUCCCAGGAGCACAUCAUAAGCCACUUGCACAUGGUCCUGGCCUCAGCGUCUAAAUCUGGGGAACCUGACAAGUCAUAUCAGUGGUCAUUUUGGAGAGCUGUGUGAAAGAAAGGUAAGAUGUAAGGGAUGAGGAAACUUCCAGAGGGCCUUGAAAGUCAGGCAAAAGAGACUUCUUCUGUCACCAAAUGAAUUCUUAUUAUUUUGUUGAAUGGUCAAUAGUCAACUGGCGGUUCCUCUAGCUAGAUGCUCUGCUAAAGAAGCAAGCAGGAAAAGGAGGCUUUCUAAGGCAGUUGCUCCGGGAAAUCAGGGCCAUAGGCAUCUCCACUUAUCCCAGUGUCUGAGUGAUACUGGGAGAUAGAUCAGCGACAACGUGAAUCUGAGCUGGGUCAAGUUUGCUGGGAGACGAGAGAGCGAUGGAGGCAGGAGAGAGGAAGAAAUGCUUUCUGAAACAAAGGCAAGUCUUGAUAUUCUUUGUUUGGCUGGGCAUAGCUCAGGCUGGUUCUGAGCCUAGGCGUUAUUCAGUGGCUGAGGAAAUGGACAGUGGCUCCUUUGUGGCCAAUCUGUUGAAAGACUUGGGGUUGGAGGUAGAUGAUCUAGCUGCUCGGGCCCCCCGGGGUCGUUUCCAAAGGGAAAAAAAACGUUUGCAUUUUGAUAGGCAGACCGGGGAUUUGUUGUUAAGUGAGAAACUGGACCGGGAGGAGCUGUGUGGCCCUACCGAGCCCUGUGUACUACCUUUUCAGAUGUUACUGGAAAAUCCCUUGAAGUUUUUCCAGGCUGAGCUACGGAUUAGGGACAUAAAUGAUCAUUCUCCAGUUUUCCUAGACAAAGAAAUAAUAUUGAAAAUUUCAGAAAGUAUCACUCCUGGAACUAUUUUCCUAAUAGAGCUUGCCCAGGACUUAGAUGUAGGAAGCAACAGUCUCCAAAGUUACACAGUCAGCCCCAAUUCCCACUUCCAUCUUAAAUUACAAGACAGUUCCGACGGCACAAUAUUACCACAGCUGGUGCUGGACAAAGCACUGGAUAGAGAGGAACAGCCUGAGAUCAGAUUAACCGUCACAGCGCUGGAUGGCGGAAUUCCACCCAGGUCUGGGACCGCCCUAAUCCGCAUUGAAGUCUUAGACAUCAAUGAUAAUGCCCCCGACUUUGCAAAGCUGCACUAUGAGGCGCAUGUCCUAGAAAACAGCCCCAUUGGAUCCCAGGUUGCCAUUGUCUCUGCCAGAGAUUUAGAUAUUGGAACCUAUGGAGAAAUAUCUUACGUACUUUCCCAAGCAUCUGAGGAUAUUCGGAAAACAUUUGGAAUAAAUGCAAAAUCGGGAGAACUCCUUUUAACACAGGAACUGGAUUUUGAAUCUAUUCAGACUUAUACAUUAAAUAUUCAGGCGACAGAUGGUGGGGGCCUUUCUGGCAGUUGUGUGGUGUUUGUCCAAGUGAUGGAUUUGAAUGACAACCCGCCGGAACUGACCAUGUCAACGCUUAUCACUGAGAUCCCAGAAACCUUGCAGGAGACUGUAAUUGCUGUAUUCAGCGUUUCAGAUCCUGACUCUGGAGACAAUGGAAGGAUGGUUUGCUCCAUCCAAAAUGAUGUUCCCUUCAUUCUUAAACCCUCUGUUGAGAAUUUUUACAGUUUAGUCACAAACACAGCCCUGGACCGAGAAACAAGAUCCGAAUAUAACAUCACCAUCACCGUCACAGAUAUGGGGACACCGAGACUGAAAACCCAGCACAACAUAACCAUGCUGGUGUCCGACGUCAACGACAACGCCCCCUUCACCCAGACCUCCUACACCCUGUCCGUCCGCGAGAACAACAGCCCCGCCCUGCACAUUGGCAGCGUCCGCGCCACAGACAGAGACGCGGGCGCCAACGCCCAGGUCACCUACUCGCUGCUGCCGCCCCUCGACGCGCACGUGCCCCUGGCCUCCCUGGUGUCCAUGAACCCGGACAACGGCCACCUCUUCGCCCUGAGGUCCCUGGACUACGAGGCCCUGCGGGCGUUCGAGUUCCGCGUGGGCGCCGCCGACCGCGGCUCGCCCGCGCUCAGCAGCCAGGCGCUGGUGCGCGUGCUCGUGGCGGACAACAACGACAACGCGCCCUUCGUGCUGUACCCGCUGCAGAACGCCUCGGCGCCCUGCACCGAGCUGGUGCCCAGGGCGGCCGAGGCGGGGUAUCUGGUGACCAAGGUGGUGGCGGUGGACGGCGACUCGGGCCAGAACGCCUGGCUGUCGUACCAGCUGCUCAAGGCCACGGAGCCCGGGCUGUUCGGCGUGUGGGCGCACAACGGCGAGGUGCGCACGGCCCGGCUGCUGAGCGAGCGCGACGCGGCCAAGCACAGGCUGGUGGUGCUGGUCAAGGACAACGGCGAGCCUCCGUUCUCGGCCAGCGUCACGCUGUACGUGCUGCUGGUGGACGGCUUCUCGCGGCCCUACCUGCCGGCCCCUGAAGCGGAAGCGGCGGACGCGGCCCCGGCCACCCUGCUCACCGUCUAUCUGCUGGUCGCCUUGGCGUCGGUGUCGUCGCUCUUCCUCUUCUCGGUACUGGUGUUCGUCGCGGUGCGGCUGUGCAGGAGGGGCGUGGCGGCCUCGGUGAGUCGCUGCUCGGUGCCCGAGGGCCACUUUCCAGGCCACCUGGUGGACGUCAGCGGCACGGGGACCCUGUCCCAGAGCUACCAGUACGAGGUGUGUCUGACGGGAGGCUCCGGGUUAAAUGAGUUUAACUUCUUGAAGCGGAUUCUCCCUAGUGGUCUGGUUCAAGACACUGGGCAGGACUAG